GUCCGAUAUCUAACGUGGCGGAUAAGAAGAAGUGAAACUACCUUCUAAAAAUAAUUGUAUCAUGGGGAAGACCUCUGCAUAUUCUUCCUUAAUUCUGGCAAUGUUGACCAACCGAUUGUCAUAGCAACGAUUUGUUAUUCCAUCAUCAAUCAGACAUUCAAGAAAAAAGCCUAACAGCAGCACGCAAGCAACAUAGACUGGAUUAAAAUGGGAAUGUUUAAAAAAAUAUCAACCUUUUUUAAAAGUAAAUCCGAAAAAGUAACAGUCAUUGUAAUUGGUCUGAACAAUAGCGGUAAGUCAACCAUAAUAAACCACUUUAAAUCGCCGCAUGAGCAAGCCACCAUCACAGUACCUACAGUGGGAUUCACCUUGGAACAGAUCAGAAGUGAAGGAGUGCUGUUCACUAUGGUUGAUACUUCAGGUGCUUGGCGUUAUAGAAGCUUAUGGGAACACCAUUUUAAGAACUGUCAUGGUAUAAUAUAUGUAAUUGAUUCCAGCGAUCGAAUGAGAUUAGUUGUGGUGCGAGAUGAGCUUGACACUCUUUUGAAACAUCCUGACUUGGAAAAUCGAAGUAUACCCAUACUUUUAUAUAAUAAUAAAGUGGACUGUGAAGAUUCCUUAUCCAGUGUAAAAAUAGCCGCUGCUUUAGGUUUACAGAAUAUCGAAGACAAGCCAUGGCAUAUUACACCAAGCAAUGGAAUUACUGGAGAGGGCUUGGAAGACGGUGUUCAUUGGCUGGUGCAGCAAAUUAAAUCUAUGAAUUCUCACAAUAAAAAGUUCAAACAUUAAUAUUUAAUAAAUUUAAUUAAUUUAAAGUUAUUUGGCUUAACGUCAAUGUGUUCCAAGCACAAAAAAUUAAUUGUUAAGCUAUAAUUUUAUAAUCAGCCUCAUUGCGAGAGUCGCGUCGAAUGCAAGUCGUUUUUCGAGAGUCGAAUCGUAUUGAAAAUGUCACGUCAUUACUAAGCGCACUUAAACUGUUGCCAGUCAGAUGUACAUAUUUUUCGCCAUAAAUGAAAUAAUGACAUCUUAUUUGUGAAAAUUGUCGUGUUUUUGUUCUUGGGUAAUGAUAAAUUCUCCCAGAUACAGAAUGUUUUUCCCAGCAUUGACGUCGCGACUCCAGCAUGUACGGCAGUUUGGACAAAACUGGUACCUGUGUGGCGAUUUGGACGUCAGGUUUACGUUGUAAUAUUUUGCGCAAAGUUUGGUUGUUCUGAAUUCAUUAACCAUCAGAAUAUCUGCUUGCCGUUGUUUUAGUGCUGCGAUUAGUAACCGAUUUGGUGUACGCCUAUAUCCACGCAUUGGUGAGUUUGAAGCAAUCUCUGUUGAUCCGAUGCAGAUUAACGUUUUCUCUUCUUUGUUUGGUACCAGUUGUUGCGCAAUUUUGUUGCAGGCUUUUUGUCGGCAAAUGUAUUUCUUCAGCUUCAGCCGA